AUGUCCCAGGCGUCCCCAGUCUCAAAGCUUCCGAUCGAGAUACUUGGGCGAUGUUUCUUCCUGCUCAUGAGAGAUAAUCCACCAUCUCUCUACGCUGGGCUUAACCCUGAACCUGAUAACGAUUUCGGGGAAAUCGUGGUCAUGCGUGGUCCCCAGGCUUGCAAAGGGCCAGUUCUUGGAUGGUUGACGGUGACGCAUACAUGCUCCCAUUGGAGGGAAGUUGCACUGAAGCAGCCCCACCUCUGGGGGCAGCUCCCUUUCAAUCUUGGCCCGGACUGGGUCGCAAGCUUCCUUUCCCGUGCCCAAGCGACUCCACUGUCCGUCAGAACUGGGAGAGUUUCGUACGCCAUCCCGAUACCAAUCUGGGGAAAGAUACAACGACUGCAGCAGGCCGUUCUCGACACCAUCCAACAGCAUCUCGACCAGAUAGAGGAUAUUCAUAUCGGAGAUCUCGUGCUCUCGCAGACAGACUCGUCCAUCACGUACGCAAACCCUUUCCCUACCGGAGGCUACCGACGCGACGAGUUUUUCGCAUACCUCGCGACGCUGCUCCAACGACCAGCUCCCGUUCUACGAGAGUUAUGUCUUCUAACAAACGACGCUAACACCAUCAUCUCUCUUCCCCCGAAUUUCAAUGCUCCUGGCCUGACCGAACUCAGCCUAUCACGAGUAGGCAUCAGUCAGCCGUUCCCCUUCUUCCAAAGUCUCACGCGGCUACGGUUACACACAAUCAAGCCAAUGCCAUCCUACGAGCCUCUUUUCCACAUACUCGAGAACAAUCCAAACCUCCAAGUCCUUGACCUUAUCACUGUUGUAUCCCCGGUUCUCAGAGUCGAUGCUGCUCCGACGCGUCAGAUUGACCUGCCCCACCUGUCCAUUCUCAACCUUCAUGAUCACGUCGCAUGUUGCGCGGGCCUUCUUCGCGUGCUAUGCUUUCCCCGAACCACCGCCGUUCGAGUUACAGUCAUGGCAUCCAAUGGCUCGGAGAGCUGUACUGCCGUCGCAGAACUACUAGCACCUCAUCUUCACCGGCAACACCCUGCGAUAACUGAAAUGCUCAUUGACGGGCUGACCCUCGAGUACUGGCCGGGGCAGUCCCAGCCUAUUAGGCCUCCACAUGAGAGGUCACGAUCGAAUAAACCAGUUCUGACACUCACCAUCAGGAUACCCUCUCUACUCGCAUUCGUCGCCUCCGGGAAUCUCGUUCAUGUCCCUGCCCUCCGUGCAGCCGUGGAGGCGCUAUCACCCACCACCAUUCGUAAACUUGUCCUCUACCAAUUCACUGAACCGGAGGUUCUCUCGGCUUUUCCGUCCGUCAGAUCUUUGGAAAUCCAUCGCAAGUCUGUGGAAGCCAUAUCCCUUCUCAUUGCUACCUCUCCAACGGCUACCUCUCCAACGGCGACCUCGGACGAAGGUACCGUCAACUUCAUGGUCCUGCCCUCCUUGGACUUCAUCCGCGUGUGCAGGGUCGACCUCACGAAAGAUAAUAGUAUGGGGAGUUCUAUGUUAUACCACCGCACGUGUAUAGAUGCCACCUUGGAUAUGCUCAGGAGACGGCGUGGUUUAGGCCGUCCGGUGCGAGGGCUCAAGUUGACGGGCUGCACUAUCUUAGAAGCAGAUUUAUUGGAACUUCGCGAGGUUGUACCGACGAUUUUGGAGGACAUAUCCGCUACCGUUGUUAUAGCUUCGAGUGAGUCGAAUAUGUAUUGUGGGUGA